CGCCCGCCCGCGCCCCGAGCCGCCCGGCCCUCGCGCGGUUCGCUGAACACAAACGCACCGGGAGUGACGGAGGAGGGCGUGUAAUGCUGGUCUCCAAACCCUGUCUUUUGAAAGCAGCAGUGAACGGAAUCGUGCACGACGUGGAUGUGCUGGGCGCGGGGAUCCGGCUGGUGACGCUGCUGGUGGACCGCGACGGGCUGUACAAGAUGAGCCGUCUCUACAUCACUCCGGACGGGUUUUUCUUCCGAGUCCACUUGUUAGCCCUGGACUCCUCCAGUUGCCACAGGCCAUGCCCAGACCUUAAACCUGGCAGCAGGUAUAUUGUGAUGGGCCACAUCUACCAUAAGAGACGGCAGCUCCCUGCAGCUCUGCUCCAGGUCCUGCGAGGGCGCCUCCGUCCAGGGGAUGGACUGCUCAGGAGCAGCAGCAGCUACGUGAAAAGGUUUAACCGCAAAAGGGAAGGGCAAGUUCAAGGUGUGAUUCACACCCAGUGCACUUGAAACAUACCACCUGGCAUUUCUGGAUUGCAGGAAGACUUGGAAUUCAGCAACGAGCCAUGAAAGGUCUAUCUUCAUGUGAUGGGGUCUUCCUUUACAAGAUGGCCCAUAGCUACUUUAUGAAUGCCUUGCAUAGUUCCAACUCUAA